GAGCCCUCCGGCUCCUGACGGAUUCUUGGGGUUUACCUGUGCUCCAUCGCGGCUGCCGGUCCUCGGCUGCAGCAGCCCCGACCCGGGGAAGCGGGGCACCGUGGAGCGGCCGCAGGACCAGCGUUCUUGUUGUCUUCUUGUUGGCAGAUUCUCAUCCCUGGGACUCAGGCGAAUGUACUUUGCUCCGAGGGAACCGCACCAGAGCUGGAGGUGGGAGUGCACCCUCUUUUCUAAGGCUGGCGUUUCAUCCAUUUUUUUCUUGCUAAAGUCUGGUGUGCACUGGAAGCUGCUAACACCUGUGGGGGAGCAGACGAGGCGAUGCACCGUUCCGAGGACUCUUGACAAAACUGCUUCCUCUUAAAAUAGAAUCCUGUGAGGCUGAGACCAGAGGAUCACUUGAGUCCAGGGGUGCUGGGUCAGCCUGGGCAACAUUGCAACACCAUCUUCAAAAAAAGAGUAGGAGCCAGUGGGACACACUGAUGGCUGAGGAUUUAGGUUAGCAACUUAUAAGGAGACAGUGACAUAUCCAGUGGUGAAACUGGGAAAGACCAGAGCUUUUGUAUUAGGGAAACAUGUCCCGUCGGAAACAGACAAAUCCAAAUAAAGUUCACUGGGAUCAAGUAUUUGCUGGGCUAGAAGAACAAGCCCGCCAGGUGAUGAUGAAAACUGAUUUUCCUGGAGACCUUGGCAGUCAGCGACAAGCUAUCCAACAACUUAGAGAUCAGGACUCCAGUAGCAGUGACAGUGAAGGUGAUGAAGAGGAGACCACACAAGAUGAAGUGUCUUCCCACACAUCAGAGGAAGAUGGUGGGGUGGUCAAAGUGGAAAAAGAGUUAGAAAAUGCAGAACAGCCUGUUGGUGGUGGGAAUGAAAUAGUAGAGCACGAGGUCACAGAGAACUCAAAUUCUGACCCCUUGCUUGAACUCUGCCAGUGUCCCCUCUGCCAGCUAGACUGUGGGAGUCGGGAGCAGCUGAUUGCUCACGUGUACCAGCAUACUGCAGCAGUGGUGAGCGCCAAGAGCUACAUGUGUCCUGUUUGUGGUCGGGCCCUUAGUUCCCCAGGGUCCUUGGGUCGCCACCUUCUAAUCCACUCGGAGGACCAGCGGUCUAACUGUGCUGUAUGUGGAGCCCGUUUUACCAGCCAUGCUACUUUUAACAGUGAGAAACUUCCUGAAGUACUUAAUAUGGAAUCCCUACCCCCAGCUCACAGUGAGGGCCCCUCCAGUGCUGAGGGGAAGGACAUUGCCUUUAGCCCUCCCGUGUACCCUGCUGGAAUUCUGCUUGUGUGCAACAACUGUGCUGCCUACCGCAAGCUACUGGAAACCCAGACCCCCAGUGUACGCAAGUGGGCCCUCCGUCGACAAAAUGAACCUUUGGAAGUAAGACUACAACGACUUGAAAGGGAGCGCACAGCCAAGAAGAGUCGGCGGGACAACGAGACCCCAGAGGAGCGGGAGGUGAGGCGCAUGAGGGACCGGGAAGCCAAGCGCUUGCAACGCAUGCAGGAGACAGAUGAGCAGCGAGCUCGCAGGCUGCAGCGAGAUCGGGAAGCCAUGAGGCUGAAGCGGGCCAAUGAAACCCCAGAGAAACGGCAGGCCCGGCUCAUCCGAGAGCGAGAGGCUAAGAGGCUUAAGAGGAGGCUGGAGAAAAUGGACAUGAUGUUGCGAGCUCAGUUUGGCCAGGACCCUUCUGCCAUGGCAGCCUUAGCAGCUGAAAUGAACUUCUUCCAGCUGCCUGUGAGUGGGGUAGAGUUGGACAGUCAACUUCUGGGCAAGAUGGCCUUUGAAGAACAGAACAGCAGCUCUCUGCACUGAACCACACCCUCCUGUGCCUGCCCUCACAUUCACCCAAGUCCACAGGGAUCAGCGCUGCAGCUACCCACAGGGCCACAGUCCUUGCUGUCACAGGCAGGCCUGGGUUGGCUGCAGGGAAACUUGUGCACCCCUUGCAUGUGGGAACAGGAUGAUGGGGUCAGGAGGGACUCAGCUCAAGGCAGCUCUGGACAAGGGAGCAGGUACUCCAGAAACCUGGACUCCUCAGGCCACUGUGGCAGGUCAGGCUUAUGGGACUGUAGAGCUCCAGUGCAGUCCAUGAAGCUGUGAGGGAAAAUAAAGUAAUUUUAUCUUACUGGC